AUGCUCAAGACCGCGUUGAUAGUUCUUCUGUGUUCAUCGAUGUUUAGCUGUGCAAGCAUUCGAACACGGCGUUUCUUAUUCAGUAACAUUGUGAACGGUUUGUUGGGUCAAGGUAUUGCUGAAGCAGCGUAUGUGAAUUGUGCCGAUCGAACAAACAACAUCUAUCAAUGUUUUUGUCUCUGUUGUCCAACGGUUGCUGCCACCCAAGAGAAAGGCACAGAAUGUCAUGUGAGAUGCGUAGAUAAAUUUGGUCCGAAUGAUGCUUGUCGUAACUACGGCUAG